UGCGACCGCCGUCCUGGGAGAGGAGACGCGGGGCUGGGAUGGUGACUGCCAAGGCAUGGGUUCUGAAGAAGCAUUUUGAGGGUUUCCCCAAAACCAGUGACUUUGACCUAAAGAAGAUAGAGCUUCCAAACCUAAAGGAUGGAGAGUUGCUGCUUGAAUCAGUGUUUCUCAGUGUCGAUCCUUACAUGAGACCUUACAGUCGAAGGGACAUGAAGGAAGGGGACAUAAUGAUAGGCACACAGGUUGCCAGGGUUGUAGAAAGCAAGAAUCCUGCUUUCACAGUAGGGGCCUUUGUCGUGGCUGGAAGUGGCUGGAGAACUCAUUUCAUCUCUGAUGGGAAAGACCUGCAACUCCUUCCUUCCAGUUGGCCAGAAUCACUCCCCAAAUCUCUGGCUCUUGGGACGGUUGGCAUGCCAGGCCUUACUGCGUAUUUUGGUCUGCUGGAGGUCUGCAAGAUGAAGCCAGGAGAGACAGUGCUGGUUAAUGCUGCAGCUGGUGCUGUGGGCUCUGUGGUGGGGCAGCUCGCUAAAAUUGGGGGCUGCAAAGUGGUUGGCUGUGCUGGCUCAGAUGACAAGGUUGCCUAUCUGAAAAAAAUAGGCUUUGAUGAAGCCUUUAACUACAAGACUGUUACAUCUCUGGAUGAAGCACUGCGUACAGCCUCUCCUGAUGGCUACGACUGUUUCUUUGACAAUGUGGGUGGAGAAUUUGCCAGUAUUGCUAUCAACCAGAUGAAGAAAUAUGGAAGGAUUGCAGUCUGUGGAGCCAUCUCUCUGUACAACGACUCCGUGCCUCAGAAAGGGCCUUACGUGCAGGUUCCAAUGAUCUUCAAAGAGCUUCAAAUGGAAGGGUUUAUUGUGACCCGCUGGAAUAACCGCCGGGAGGAAGGUCUGAAGGCACUGCUAAAAUGGGUCAUGGAGGGAAAAGUGAAGUACCGUGAAGAAGUCACUAAAGGAUUUGAGAACAUGCCAAUGGCUUUCAUUGGAAUGUUAAAGGGAGAAAAUAUUGGAAAAGCUGUUGUAGAAGUCUGAAGAUAACAUAUUCCUGGGAGACUGGCACAGGGGAAUGGGAUUCUGUUAAGUGCUUUUAACUCACGGAUUGAAAGGCAUGUUUCAUUCAGUCUUUUUGCUGGACAUUUGGUGAUGAUAACUUCUGUUAAUAAUUGGGCUAACACGUGUGAGUAUAUGCCAAUCACUUUGCUCUUGAAGAACUUGAGAAUUGCUUCCCAAAGCUACACAAAAAAAAAAGCGCCUUAAAACUGCCGAACUUCAUCAGAACUGUAACAGAUUUAAUAGUAGCUUGAACCUUUCUGCGAGUUGGCUUGUAGAAAGUAAAAGCAAUUCCAGAAGCUUUGCCAGCUGAUGGCACAUGUGAUGACUAAUGUUUACCCAUUGAUUUGGCCCAGAACUCCUCAAGAGGGUUUUUUUAACCUGUAUCAAGGCGCAAACAACACCUGGGGGUUCCCUGCUUCUUCACUGGCUGGCUUUUCUUUUUUGCUUUCAUCAGGAAAUGUAGAUGUAUCAGUUACUCUGAGAUAAUGGAAAGAAAAAAUAAAUCUGUUAAGGGA